AUGGUAAUUCAUAUUGUGUACUUUCGUCUGUACUUACUUCUAUUCUCGCUUUGUUUUCACUUUGUAGUGUGCCCGAAUCCCCAAAAUGCGGAUCAACAUGAGGGACAACUUAGAGGGAAUCUGACAAGACUCUCUGAUACAACCAAAAAUACCCCUGUUGGAGCGAACAGUAGGGAUAUAGUCAAGGCAAAUACUCAGAGGAGCGUCACUUCUGUACCUACGCGACAAAAUGGAAAUAACCAGAUCACCCCCGCUAAGAAUAAUAGAAAUGCACGGAAAGAUAAUGAUGAUGUGACAUUGGACUUUACCGCUAAUGAACCAAAUAAUAACAUAGAAUCUUCUGAUGGUAUUCCUGGAACUAUAAAAUACACGGGUAAAAACGCAAGAAUCACUAGCCUAGCUGGACAUGGUUUUCAUAUUUCUCUCGACUCCAAUAAAGUAGUAGAUAAUGUUUUUUGUGCUUCUCCAUUCGAUGGAAACAUUACUGUUAACUAUGAGGAUUCAACAUAUGAUCAAUAUAUAUUGACGAGGGAGGGAUUUCAGAGAAACGAUGGCACUAACGAUAGUAGUCAAAAUACUCCGAAUAGCACUAAUGGAAAAAGUAUCACACAUGGCGACCAAAAGAGUAUCACAGAUGGUAGCCAGGAUACCCUCCCAGAUGUAGCAGAGGCUUCUGAAGCCCGGGAAAAAAAUAAGUUGAUUCUAUCUAUCGGUAGCUCUGAUACUUCUGGCAUUCAAAAAAAAAGUGUGGGUAAUAUAGAUUGUUACAGAGCAGAGAAUCCAAGUGGUAAUAUUAUAUAUAAGGUAGAAGUUAGUGGAAAGCAACGUGACUUGGGUGAUAACUAUGCAGACUGUGUUGUUUGCACACUUAGAGAAAAUAACAAGGUUGCAAUUUUAAUCGCACAAAAGCAGCUAAGCUAUGAUUGGCGCCAGUAUACACUUGUAUAUUCUGAUGGCUCUAUAAAACGUGAUGUAACUUUAAAAGUCAAGUUUUCAUCCGUAAAUUUUGAAGAGUUGUUCAUCCAAUCAGAGCCAGAAGUUAGAAACAAUGACACAAAAUGCAACAUAUUACAUAAUGGAUCUCAAGCUGAAUUUACGAGCAACUCAGAUAAAGAAUUUGUAUUGGAAACACAAGACAAAAGUGGUACUAAAGCUAUUGAUAUUAAAUUCCAAGAACCAUUCAGAUUCCCCCAGGAAAUGGAUUUGCAAUCGAUAAGAUCAAGAACUGCUGAGAACAAUGUCACGCAUGUCUACAGCUUUAAAAACGGGCCAAUCCUUCUAAACGAAAAAUAUUCUUCUAAUAUGGGUAGCUCUUUUAAAAAUCUUUUUUACGGGUAUGGUGAUUUCAACAUCAAAACGUCGUGUGAAUACUUCAAUCUCGAUUCCGGAAAAAAGCCGGAUGUUCUGUUUCUAGAUACAAUAACUAUAAAUGCGUCAACUAUUGGUUUGGACGUUUACCACUACAAUGCAUUUCAAGUUAUUGGAAUCAAGAAACGGGAUGUGCCAACUCUGCUAGUUUUACCUAAUGUAGAAAUAUUUUUGGAUGCUACUGAAACACAUGAUUUAGUGGUGUGCAACAGUGGAAACAAUGUACAUUUAUCGCUAACAACGUCAGUUGAUGGACAGAUCAAGCACUAUCUCAUUGCCAAUGAAACCACAAGGACAAAGUAUUUUGGUAUUAAAAAUGUAGUUGAUAUGGAUUAA